ACCUCGAAUGCAUUAUCUGACCGAGGUUGCCGCUUUCAGGGAAUCUGGGAGGAGACAGACACGAGAUUGGAAUCUAUCAGGAGGGGCCUUCCAAGCCCGAGAUCUGUUCCAGGUCCUGGUCAGCCCUUCCCAGCCUCAGAGAAGCCAUGGCAGCCUGCUGGGUCCACUGUUCACUGCUCCUCCUCCUGCUGGCCUUCACCCCCUACUCAGGUACUCUGAAAUGCCACAAUGGGACCAUAGUGAAAUUUGGCAGUGGCCUCACUGACCAAGUUUUUGACUGGUCCACAGAGAACACCAUAGAAGCUGAACCUAACGGGAUAUGUCAGGAGACUUUCCUGAUUGUCGACGUAGGUCCAAAAUCUCUCCUAGUGGGGAGCAAAGGCUCCGGCCUCCAUAAUGGGUGGCAGGAAAACCAAGUCAACAAUUAUGCCCAAAGACCUGGAAUACUGGCUGCCAUGUUUACCAAUUUCUGUGAACAAUCUGAGUGUAACAACGCUACCAGCGAUGAAGUCCUAGUUACUCACCUUCGACUCCCACCCUCCUUUGACACAAGCAGCAUUAAGUGUUCUGUCUGCUUGACGGAUGAGAGUUUCUGCCCCAUGAAUUUGGUCUUCUGUCCUAAGAACACUGCUUGCUAUUCCAGUGACAUCACGAUUAAGGGAGGUGGGGUGGAUAAAAUUUUUCGUGUUGAAGGAUGCCUGGACGCGACUGCUCAAAACAUAUUUAAGGGAGAAGAAAAAUUAGGGGUCUUCUCAGUAUCUGAAAAACGGAGGCCACUGACUGCAGACUCAUUCUCACUUCUCUUUGCCCCAGGCACCUCCCUGGCUUGGGUGUUAGGGCUGGGGCUCUUCUUAACCCUUUAUCUGACAGGCUUCAUCAUCUCUGAUGAAGCGAUUUCCCUGUGAUUCUUCAUCCCCGAGGGCCCCACGCCCAGCUGUCCUCUGACGUCGUAAACUAGGACCUCACACUUGAACUGUCUGUCGGUGCUGUCGUGGCGCCCACAUCCCUCGCCCCACACAUUGCUGAUGCUUGAUAGUUACUAUGAGAGCCGCCGAACUCACUGUGCACAGAGGGACCAUCACAUAUUGGCCAAUGUGGAAUAAUAAAAUCAUUGUUUUUUUCUUCAAA